AUGCCCGUGGUCAUCAAGGACUUCAAUUGGACACAAACCGACGACGAGGUUCAUCUGGAAGUGCCGCUCAAGGGCGUCCACCCGAAAAAGGCCGAUGUUUACACCAACGACGUCUUCGUCAAGGUCAAUGCUCCCCCCUUUCUUUUUGAGGUCGACCUCUUUGCCGCCAUUGAUGAUGGGGCGAGCAAGGCCGUAAUUGGCAAUGGCGUUGCAGUCUUCACCCUUGUGAAGCGCGAGCCCGCCACUUGGCCCACCUUGCACCUUCCCGCUGAACGAGCGGAGCUGCUUCAAAGGCGCGCCAAGGCUCAGGCUCGCGCCGAGGCACAAAUGACAGCUGCUGCGGAAACACGUGCCCUUGAACAACAUGAAAAGGAACGCGCAGCUGUGCGACGCCAGAUGGAGAUCCCGCCUCAACCGUCUAAAGCAACCACCUGCAUUCAUCGCGAAACAAUAUCUGAACCGACUCGCUAUGAUCCUGGAUGCCCGGAUGCACAGGCCCGGGCGAUAACCCAGAACGACGCGGCGCAGCGUCAUGGUCUGAGUGGCGCCACGGCCAGUGCAAAUCGCCCACCCGUGCGAACUGCGGGCACCAUCAAGUUUACCUUUUCCAAGCGCGAGUUUACGACACCGCAGCGCGAAUCGUACCGGCAGCAGGAAGAAGAGUGGCUCGAAAAACAAGCUGCGGCCCGCAAGGCCGUGGAGGCGGCCAAGGCCAGCAAGCCCGGUGAUGUGGAGCAUGAUCCGCUGUGGUACCGAGACAAGGGCCGUCAAUUUUUCCAGAAUGAGGAUUAUCAAAGCGCCAUCAAUGCCUACACCGCUGGCUUGACGCUGGACCCGAGCAACGCAAGCCUCUACUCACUGCGAGCCGCUGCUCAUCUCAAGUGCACCGAUCCGCAAGCCGGUGCCAUUGAUGCGGGCAAGGCCUUAUCGCUUCUGCAGCCGCCCUGUCCUAGCAAUGCCAAAGAUCGUCUCCGCGCCCAUCUUCGCCGAGCUGUUGCUUUGGAAAUGAUUGAGGACCUUGAUGCCGCCCUGCAUGACUACCGUCAAGCCGUUGCCAUUGCCCCACACGAUGCGGAUCUUCAAGCAGAAUGUGCUCGCGUUCAGCAGCAACUAGAGGCCUUGCGACUGUCUCAGCAGAGUUGCAGUGCCAUGUGGCUGUGGGUGCUGGAGUUGGCAGUGGUGGGCUGGAAUAGCCUUACUGUGAAGCGCACAGCAACAGAGGACGACAAAUCCGCGAGCUGGCAUGUGCUUCCUCCAGCGCAGGGGCGGGCCGUGGUGAUACUCGUUGAUAAUGGAUCAUUGCGUGCCGCGUCAUUUCGCAGUCUCAUGCGGUCCGCCCACCUGCUGGCUCAGCGGCUCGACCCGCGCGAGGUGGCCACUGUGGUACCAGCUAGCCUGCGCUUCAGUGAUCGCAUCAAACCCAGCGCACUGAAUGGCGCUCGAGGCGAGGUUUUGACCCAUGCUGUGCAGCGCGCCCUUGAUGCGGGAUACCAAACGAUUGUCAUCACCCCCUUCUUCAUUGCACCCAGCGACCAGCUGCGAGGCACCAUUCCAACUAUGCUCCAGCCCCUCAUAAGGUCCCGUGAGGAGCCAGAUACCGCGCCACCUCGCGUCGUGGUCGCUCGGGCCCUGGUGGAUCCCGAAGACGGCCAGAAUGACCAGCGGAUCGCCCGCGCCCUGUGCGAUAAUGUGCUGGCCACUUUGGACGAGCACGACUGGCGUCAGCGGCCCUGCACCGUGGCUGUGGUAGACCAUGGCUCCCCUACACCCGCCGUAACCCAUGUCCGCAACCUUUUGGGCACGUGGGUUCGCGAUCAGCUUCAUCAGCACAUGGCCCAGGCACCUGCGGUCGUUGCCUGCUCCAUGGAACGGCGGCCCGAUCCAGAAUACGAUUUCAAUGAGCCCUUGCUUGAGUCGCUACCACAACGGGGUCUACUUCCGCCUGGUCACGCACUCGUGGUAGCAUAUGCCUUCCUCUCACCGGGUCGACAUGCCGGAAAGGGUGGGGAUAUUGACCAGAUCAUCAAGGCCAUGCUGAUGGGGCCAGAAGCUGCCUCUUUGAACUCAGCCCCUGCCGUCUUCAAAACAAAUCUCCUGGGACAACACCCCAUCGUGAUUGACAUCUUACGCGAUCGCUGCCUUAAUAUCCUGCACCGCCAAGACUGUUUACUGGAGUUGUAG